AUGGCAUCCCCCCGCGAGAGAAACAACACCAAGUACGCCUCCGAUGACGAGACCUCGGAAGCACCCAGCGAGCAGCAGCAGGAGAAGCCCCAGCGCCGCCAGAACCGCAGCAAGAGCAAGCAAAUGCAGAAGCGCCAGCAGGGUCAGCAGGGCGGCGGUGGUCCCCUCGGCGGCCUCACUGGCGGCCUUACUGAUGGCGGUGUCACCAACGGUGUCCAGAACACACUAGGCAACGUCGCCGGUGGUGCUUUGGGACAACAAGGCGGCGGUGGCAGUGAUAAGAGCGACACAUUGCGGUUGCGUCUGGAUCUUAACCUCGAUAUCGAGAUUACGCUGAAGGCGCGUAUUCACGGUGAUCUGGAGUUGGCUCUCUUUUGGGCCCUCUCCGUCUCUUCCGACUAG